AUGUCCGCGCUGCAGCACCCGGUGGAUGCCGUUGACAGACGACCGGUAACGGGCCCGGAGAGCAAAAACUCUCCGUUGACCGUUGGACCGGGUGCCGGUACUGUGCCGCUGUCAGCUGCUCCCGGUGUGACCGACCUGGACGGGAUGAUCCUGGAUGUGGACCUUGACACCACCGCCGUCCAUGCCAAACAUGCUUCUGUAGCUGCUAGCACCAGUGCUGCUGUUGGUCUUGGCCCGGUCCAAAAGAGUCGUGUUGGCUCUGACAUAAGGCCAGCUGCCACAACAAACAUCCCUGACCUAUCAUUUAGCGGCUAUAAAGUUUUACGAGAGGAUGACAACAGCCUAGAUCUGUUUGGGACACGCUCUUCUCUACCUUCUCCUUCCCAAACCGACGCCGAUUGCGAUUGCAGUGGUGCCGGCAUUGAUUCCAAAGGAGUGCCAACUGUCUUGCCCGAUGCAAAGACAGUCAAGAAUGAAGCUAAAUCGGAUGGGAUGAUUGCCUCUACGCUCAACUCAUCGAAACUUUCAGCAACAGGUUCUCUACCGCUCCUAGGGGAGGCUGACCGCCUAAGACGAGCGAGCAUCGGGGCAGCCGCUUCUGAGGUCGGUAGCCAGGACAGCAACGGUCAGGACGGACCCAAUUCGCUCUUCGACGAGCCCAUGUCCGACGAGUUCGGGCUGGUUGUGAAUGGGCCCAUAGACAGCAUUGACCUGGGCGGCAGCUCUACCGCCUCCCGACAGCCUCUGUUCGCCAAAGACGACAAGCUGAGCGACAUUACGCCAGCAUGGAGCGAGCUGAAGACCAAGGCGGGAAAAGAGCGCAAACGCCUGCCGCUGGCUUGCAUUGCCUGUCGCCGGAAGAAGAUCCGAUGCUCGGGCGAGAAGCCGGCAUGCAAGCACUGCCUGCGAUCGCGCACCCCCUGCGUGUACAAGGUCACCACCCGCAAGGCAACGCCGCGUACCGACUACAUGGCCAUGCUCGAUAAGCGGCUCAAGCGCAUGGAGGACCGUAUCAUCAAGAUUGUCCCCAAGACAGAGCAGGAUGCUGUCGCCAUGUCUUCUUCCGUCGUUCGGGCCAUUGUCAAGCCGGCCAUUCCCGGGGUCUCGGCAUCUGCCACUGCCAGCAGAAAUGGAAAUGGAAAUGGUUCUGGCAGUGCCGCUGCAGGAGUCAAGUCAGCUACAAAGAAGCGGCUGGCUGAUGAGGCUUUUGGCACUGAACUCGACCAUUGGGCGCGCGCCAGUUCCAAGGGCCGUCCGGCCGAUGCUUUGCGGCCACACAACCUUCUCCUGCAGCAAGAGUCUGAAGAAAACAAGCUGCUGCGAGAAGGCGCUGAUGCGCUGCCGUCCCAUGAGCUUCAGGACCACCUGGCCGAGGUGUACUUUGAGAACAUCUACGGCCAGGCUUAUCAUCUCCUGCACAAGCCAAGCUAUAUGAGGAAGCUGAAGGCCGGAACACUGCCGCCUGUCCUGAUACUUUCCGUUUGCGCCGUAUCUGCUCGAUUUUCCUCGCACCCGAAGCUUGAAAGCGGUCCCAACUUCCUGCGUGGCGAAGAAUGGGCAUCGCACGCCCGUGAUAUUGUCAUGCGGCGGUACGAGUGGCCAAACAUAACGAUUCUGACCUGCCUCCUCCUCCUCGGACUCCACGAGUUUGGCACCUGCCAUGGUGGCCGCAGCUGGGCGCUCGGCGGUCAGGCCAUCCGCAUGGCCUUUGCACUGCAGCUGCACAAGGACGUCGAGCAGGAUCCGCAGCUCAUCACCGGGGCUGCUCCCCUCAGCUUCACCGACCGUGAGAUCCGAUGCCGCACGAUGUGGGCCUGUUUCCUGAUGGACCGUUUCAACUCGUCUGGCACGGAACGGCCGACGUUUGUCCGAGAGGAAACGAUCAAGAUCCAGUUGCCGGUGUCGGAGAAGCACUUUCAUCUCGACAUGCCGGGAGUGACGGAGAGCCUAGCUGGUCAUCCGGUAACUCCACCGUUAGCUGCGGCUGCCAGGGACGACGACGACCUGGCCCCCAACGCAAAGGAAAACAUGGGAGUUGCGGCCUACAUGAUUCGGUCCAUCGCUGUUUGGGGGCGGGUCAUCAACUACCUCAACCAGGGAGGCAAGGAGCUCGAUCCUCAGCCUAUGUGGAGCGUCGAUUCGGAAUACCACAAGCUGGCUAUUCAAGCCGACGAAAUGCUUUCGACGUUGCCACCGGCGCUCGCCUUUUCCAGCGAGAACCUCCACGUGCACGACACAGACAAGAUGGCCAACCAGUUCUUGUUCUUGCAUAUUGCGAUUCAGCAAAACAUUCUGUUCCUAAACCGCUUUGCCGUGUCGUCACCCAACAGCAUUUCACAGCAGGACAUACCCAAGACGUUUGUUACCAAGGCAGGCGCCAAGGCGUUUGCGGCGGCGAACCGCAUAUCCGAGCUCCUGAAGGAGGCCGAGUCCUACAUGGUUUCGGCGCCCUUUGUCGGCUACUGUGCCUUUCUGUCCAGCACGGUACAUAUCUUUGGCAUUUUCUCGGGCAAUUCGACGAUGGAAGCGACGUCGAAACGUAACCUUGCAACGAAUGUCAAGUUUCUGUCCAAGAUGAAGCGGUAUUGGGGCAUGUUUCAUUUCAUGGCAGAGAACUUGCGUGAGCAGUACCGCACGUGUGCCGAUGCCGCGCGCCAGGGUACUCCGGCCCACGAGAACGCGGCGGUGGCGUCGCCGAUUUUCCAGUACGGCGACUGGUUUGACCGCUAUCCGUAUGGUGUGUCGAACUCCGACUUUGUCGACCCGGCGGCGUAUCUGAAGAAGGAGAAGGGAGACGAUGCGGUGCUGGAGCAGAAACCAGAGCUGCACACGGUCGAGCAGUUUUUCACAAACGUUGGGGCCCCCAACACAGAUGGAUCUGUUUCCGGCAGCACUACUGCAAAUCAAACGACGACGACUGGCAGAAGUGGCGGACACAACAAGCGAAAGUCGUGUUCGCGGAAGGGGGGCGGCUCGAUUUCGUCCAGGAGUACGGACCAUCAAACUUUGAUGGCGGACAUGCAUUCGUCAGGCACAGAUGUGCUUCACCGACAGCGGCAGCAGCAAAAUGCGCAGGUGCAUAACAUCAACCGGCAGGCCAGCCACACAUCGAUGACUGGCCAGACAAGUGGCGCAGCAGCUGGCUUCAUUCCCAUGACCAUGCCACAGGCCGGUGUCGGCUCAUCGUUUAUGCCGCCGCUUAGCCCGAUCACGAUGAGCUCAUUCUCGCACCAACAGCAGCAGCUGGCGCAGCUCUACCCAUCCGAUCUGCUGCCACUCUCUCUGGUGCAGCAGACCAACAGCAUGAUGCCGGAACUGGAUCGGCAGCUUGUCUUUGGUGCUUAUGGGAAUCUCGACCAGGCUGGCGGGGGGAUCGGGGAUCAGGCCUCAAUAGACGGCUUAGACUGGAAUGGAUCUGGGAGUGCGGACCAGAGCACCGCACAAGCAGCAGCGAACGGCGAAUCUGGCAACGGGCCGACAGAUGGCCUAGACGCUUUGGGGCAUAGUCAUGACGUUUCAUCAGCCUGGUUCAUGCCCUUCAACAUGGACCCACCCGAGCUCGGCCAGGAGUUUGGCGGCAUGGCCGGCAGUCUUGACCAUCUUGCCAGUAUUUUUGGGAGCAGUGUGAUGGCCUCUCAGAGUGGUGGCGGUGGGCUCCACCAUGAUUAG